AUGAAGGCAACAAGCUUAUUAAUUUUGGUGGGAUUUAUGACAGAGUUUCAAAUCUUCUCAAGAGCCUCCUCUCCAGUCAACUGUGAGUGGGACUCCUAUGGCCCUUGGUCAGAAUGUAAUGGCUGUACCAAGACUCAGACUCGAAGGCGUUCGAUUGCUGUUUAUGGGCAAUAUGGAGGCCAUCGGUGUGUGGGGAGUGCUUUUGAAACACAAUCCUGCAACCCUGAACGAGGCUGUCCAACGGAAGAGGGCUGUGGGGACCGGUUUAGGUGUUUUUCAGGUCAGUGCAUCAGCAAAUCGUUGGUUUGCAAUGGGGAUUCUGACUGUGAGGAAGAUGGUGCUGAUGAAGACAGAUGUGAGGAUGCUGAAAGCAGACCUUCCUGUGACACUGUUAAACCCCCUCCCAACAUAGAACUUACCGGCAAUGGUUACAAUGCACUUACUGGCCAGUUUAGGAACAGAGUCAUCAACACCAAAAGUUUCGGUGGUCAGUGCAGGAAAGUGUUCAGCGGGGACGGAAAAGAUUUCUACAGACUGAGUGGAAAUAUCCUCUCUUAUACCUUUCAGGUCAAAAUAGAUAAUGAUUUUAACUAUGAAUUUUACAACAGCAGUUGGUCUUACGUAAAGCAUACAUCCACAGACUAUACAUCAUCUAGUUCAAACAGGUUCUUAUUUUUCUCCUCCUCAUCAAAUCGACACAGUCAGAGUUCAAGUACCAAGGAAAUCUACAUGAAAAAGAGUUAUAAACUGUUGGUUGUUCAGAACACGGUUGAAGUGGCCCAGUUUAUUAAUAAUAAUCCUGAAUUUUUACAACUUGCGGAGCCAUUCUGGAGGGAACUCUCCCACCUUCCCACUCUGUAUGACUAUAGUGCCUAUCGACGGUUAAUUGACCAGUAUGGGACACAUUACCUGCAGUCCGGGUCCUUAGGAGGAGAAUAUAGAGUUCUAUUUUAUGUGGAUUCAGGAGAUGUCAAACACAGGGGAUUUGGAUCUGUCCAGGAGAAGGCAUGUUCCUCUUCAGACUUUAAGUUUAUUUUUGUAUCAUCAGCAAAUCAGAGAUGUAAGGAACUGGAAAACAUUUUCAAGUCAAAUUCAGGAAACCAGGGCAGGGUGCUUCGAGGAGAGCCAUUUGUCAGAGGGGGAGGCCCUGGCUUUGUAGCUGACCUUAGUUUCCUGGACCUGGAUAAUCCUGCUGGAAACAGACAGCGGUACUCCUCCUGGGCCAGCUCUGUAACCAAUUUUCCCCAAGUCAUAAAACAAAGGCUGACACCAUUGUACGAGCUGGUCAAGGAAGUGCCCUGUGCCUCUGUGAAAAGACUGUAUCUGAAGCGGGCUCUUGAGGAGUACUUGGAUGAAUUUGACCCCUGCCAUUGCCGGCCUUGCCAGAAUGGUGGCAUCGCUCGUGUUGUGGGGACACAGUGCCAGUGUCACUGCAAACCAUACACAUAUGGUAUGGCGUGUGAGCAAGGAGUCCUUGUCGGCGAUCAAGCAGGAGGGGUUGAUGGAGGCUGGAGCUGUUGGUCCUCCUGGAGCCCCUGUGUUCAAGGGAAGAAAUCAAGGAGCCGAGAAUGCAAUAAUCCCCCUCCCAGAGCGGGUGGAAAGGCCUGUAUUGGAGAAACGACUGAAAGCAGGCAGUGCGAAGACCAGGACUUGGAGAACUUGCGAUUACUUGAGCCACAUUGCUUUCAUUUGUCUUUGGUUCCAAAAGGAUUCUGCCCAUCACCCCCUGCCUUAAAAGAUGGAUUUGUUCAAAGUGAAGGUACCGUGUUUCCUAUUGGGAAAAACAUAGUAUAUGCUUGCAACGAAGGGUAUUCUCUUGUCGGAGAUCCUAUUGCCAGAUGUGGAGAAGACUUACAGUGGCUUGUUGGGGAAAUGCACUGUCAAAAAAUUGCCUGUUUUCUACCUGGAGGGAUGAACGGCAUGCGGAGUGACCCCCAGAAACCCUUCUACAUGGUUGGUGAGAAGGUGACCCUUUCCUGUGCAGGUGCUAUGUCCUUAGAAGGUCCUUCCACCUUCCUCUGUGGCUCCAGCCUUAAGUGGAGUCCUGAGCUGAAGAGUGCCCAGUGUGUGGAAAAAGGUGACACUCUAACACCAGCAGCUCCUUCAUGUCAGCCCUGGGAGAAACUGCAGAACUCAAAAUGCGUCUGCAAAAUGCCCUAUGAGUGCGGAUCCUCCUUGGAUGUAUGUGCUCGAGAUGAGAGAAGCAGCAGGAUACUGCCUCUGACCAUCUGCAAGAUGCAUGUUCUCCAGUGUCAGGGAAGAAAUUAUGCUCUCGUUGGCAAGAACAGCUGUACUCUGCCUGCCUCGGCUGAGAAAGCGUGUGGCGCAUGCCCGAUAUGGAGCAAAUGUGAUGCUCAGAACAGCAAAUGUGUCUGCAGAGAAGCGGCCGAGUGCCAGAAAGCAGGGUACAGAAUCUGCGUGGAAGUGAAUGGCAAAGAGGAGACAAUGUCCGAGUGCGAGGCUGGCAUCUUAAGGUGCAGAGGGCAGAGCAUCUCCAUCACAGCCAUUAAGCCCUGUGCCCAAGAAGUCCAGUAGGACCUGGAGGCGGUGGGGCUUCGUCCUCUUCAUCAGAGGCUAACGGGCAAUGGAUACUGGGUUAAAACAUCUAUAACUGGUCCUUAGACCACUUUCCUAGCAGGAAGGCACGAUCCUUUCUGCUUUCUCAUCAAUAUUUACUUCUCCCUUCUGUGUUCAGCCACCUGUGCAAACAACCCUUUUGUUUUCUCAAAUCCCAGUCCAGAUUUCCUUCCUUUAAAAGGGGCAGGACGAAGAACCCUCAUGAACCAUGGCAUGCUGAGCUAUUUGUGAGGUUUUUGGAAAAAUGCAUUGGGCUUUACCUUUUUUUUUGUCUGUAAACUUACAGGAUGAGACUAGAGACACAUGUUAUCCAUUCAUUCACCCCUAUGAUUCUGUUGAAUAUGAUUGACCCAGUCCAUGGGUCUGUGUUGAUUAGGAAAACAGAAAGAACAUAAUUUCCUGAUUAGGGAGCUUGAUGUUCCUCAGUGAAAUCAAACGCACACACAUGCACACACAUUGGGAGAAACAGACAGAUGUAAUUAUUUUCAUCUCGAGGGGUAAUGUCACGCUUCGCCCUACUCAGCCAUCCCCACGUGUAGGAUCUUUCUUCCUGUCAGAAGAUCAAACUACUUAAAUGUCAGAGCAGAAUUCAUCAUGCUAUGGUCACAGGGCACCGUCUGCCUUCUUGUCUGAGAACAAAUAUAAUUCAGUCUCUUGAGGGCUUUGUUCAGUGUCUGUCAAAUAUAAACCUGAAGAUCACUCUGCUUUUGAGAGAAGCGUCAGUUUAUGCUAGAGCUAUUGAGAGAUGCAUAUUUGAGAAGAAUCUUCCCUAAUGUGGUCACACCCUUAGAUUUUUUUUUUCCAGAAGCACACAAUUUGAGACAUUGGAAUUUGCUUUAUUUCUUAUUCAUCUUUCAUUAAACAUAACAAUAGCAAGAAAUCCAGCUGUGGAAGGUGAAGUGUGUGGGCUGAAAUAGAGCUUAAAGUAUGAACAAACACUCUCUCUGUUUUUUUCCCCCUGAGGCUGUUAGAUAUAUUUCAAACAAACUUUAAGUUGCUAAGGAGUAGAAAGUGCAUUCCAGAUCCUAUUUUCUUUUAGAUGUUUUUGAAGUGUAGAGUGCCGGAUAUCACUACUCUAGAUUUAGCUUUCCAUAACAAUUUCCUUUGCGGUUUGAUGCAGAUGUAAUAUAUGGAAGUUGCACAGUUGUGGGUUUCAUUUACUGAAUACACUCAUGCUUAAGCAUAUUAACUGUACAUAUUAACUGAUUUAGAGGAUACUAUGGAUUCGACAUCUUCCCUGGGCAUAGGUAUUGAUUUGAAAAUGACAGGAUUGGCUGUAGACCCCCAUUGGAGGAAGCAGGUAAGGAAUCACGUAGGAGAACUGAUCUUAACAUUCUUCAGUUCUUUCUAUUAUUUACUUGUUUGGCCUGGAGUUAAAUUCCCACUCCUUGUGAGCGCUUCUAAUUUGAAAAUCCAAUUUCUUCAAUAUUUUUGAAAUUUAAAACUGAUGGAUGACGUGACAAAGCUUCCACGAGUUAAGAAUUCUCCACCUCUGAUCUCAUCGCAACAGGGCACAAUCCAAGGCAUGUAAAUUGACUUCCAGGUUUAUGUGACAUAUAAAUGAAUUCGGUCUCUAGAUUUGGAUCCCAUUCUCCUAAAUAUCUCACCACGCAUGUGCAGAUAUUCUAAAGUCUAAAAAUAUCUGAUAUUGCAAACUCUUCUGGUCAAAACAUUUUGGAUGAGCCUUUUAACAGCCAAGGUAUUUGAGACAGAGGUUUCAACAGCAUUCCUGGAGGAGACACAAAGGACAGAUGAGUCACAUGAAGGAUGGGAGGAGGGAAGGUGGCUGUUGAUAGGUAUUUUGAGACACUCUAUUUGUGUCCUACACAACACUCCUCCCUCCCCCCAAACCAUUUUUCUGUCUAUUGACCUUUCCUCUAGUCAUACAGGGACAUUCACAGUUACCUACAAAGAACCAGAAUUGUUGUAACAAGUCAAGAGGAAACUUAUUUUUGAUAAUGACUCAUUGAAGAUGUUUGGAAAAUUUAAAAAUAAGCUCUGUAAGCAGAAGUCCGUGAGAAAAGCAAGAAGGAAUUGUUUGUUUAUUAAGUAAAUAAAAGGCAAAGAGAACAAA